AUGAGUGUCUCUGCUCUGAGCCCCAGCAGAUUUGUAGGUAGCAUCUCUGGCUUCCUGCAAGUGGUCUCUGUGCUUGGCUUGCUUCUGCUGCUGCUCAAAGUGGUCCAGUUCUACCUGCACAGACAAUGGCUGCUCAAGGCUUUCCAGCAGUUCCCAUCCCCGCCCUUUCACUGGUUCUUGGGACACAAGCAGUUCCAAGGUGACCAGGAGAUAGAGCAGAUGAUGAAGUGUGUGGAGAACUUUCCAAGCGCCUUUCCUCGCUGGUUCUGGGGGAGCAAAGCUUACUUUACUGUCUAUGACCCUGACUACAUGAAGGUAAUCCUGGGGCGAUCAGAUCCAAAGGCUAAUGGUGCCUAUAGAUUGCUGGCCCCUUGGAUUGGCUAUGGUUUGCUCUUGCUGAAUGGACAGCCAUGGUUCCAGCACCGGCGGAUGCUAACCCCAGCCUUCCACUAUGACAUUCUGAAGCCCUAUGUGAAAACCAUGGCUGACUCCGUCCGGUUGAUGCUGGACAAAUGGGAACAGCUGGCUGGUCAGGACUCCUCUAUAGAGAUAUUUCAACACAUCUCCUUGAUGACCCUAGACACUGUCAUGAAGUGUGCCUUCAGCCACAAGGGUAGUGUCCAGGUGGAUGGAAAUUACAAGACAUACAUCCAGGCCAUUGGGAACCUGAACAACCUAUUUUAUUCCCGUGUGAGGAACAUCUUUCAUCAGAAUGACACCAUCUACAGUCUGUCUUCCAAUGGCCGCAUGGCCAACCAAGCCUGUCAACUCGCCCAUGAUCACACAGAUGGAGUGAUCAAGCUGAGAAAGGAUCAACUGCAGGAUGAGGAAGAGCUGGAGAAGGUCAAGAAGAAGAGACGUUUGGACUUUCUGGAUAUCCUAUUGUUUGCCAGGAUGGAGAAUGGGGAUAGCUUGUCUGACAAGGACAUACGUGCUGAGGUGGACACAUUCAUGUUUGAGGGUCAUGACACCACAGCCAGUGGAGUCUCCUGGAUCUUCUAUGCUCUGGCCACACACCCUGAACACCAGCAGAGAUGCAGGGAGGAAGUUCAGAGCCUCCUGGGAGAUGGAUCCUCUAUAACCUGGGACCACCUGGACCAAAUGCCCUACACCACCAUGUGUAUCAAGGAGGCCCUGAGGCUCUACCCACCUGUCCCAGCCAUUGUCAGAGAACUCAUCACACCUGUCACCUUCCCUGAUGGGCGCUCCUUACCCAAAGGUGUCUCAGUCACACUCUCCAUUUAUGCACUCCACCACAACCCCAAGGUGUGGCCAAACCCAGAGGUGUUUGACCCUUCCAGGUUUGCAUCAGAUUCUCCCCGGCACAGCCACUCAUUCCUGCCCUUCUCAGGAGGAGCAAGGAACUGCAUUGGGAAACAGUUUGCUAUGAAUGAGCUGAAAGUGGUUGUGGCUCUGACCCUACUGCGUUUUGAGCUGCUGCCCGAUCCAACCAGAGUCCCCAUCCCCUUACCACGACUUGUGCUGAAAUCCAAGAAUGGGAUCCACCUUCAUCUCAAGAAGAUCCACUGA